AUGGCUGCUCCCCGGCCUGCGUCCGCAGGGCCUCUUCCACCCGUCAUCCCAACGCGGUGGCUGCAGCCUCACGAGCAGCGCUUUUUGUUUAUCUCAGCCUUCGGACUGCUCGAGACCAUCAAAAUAUGGGACAUCCUCGCGCCCUACCUCAUCCCCUCCCCCGAGCCCACCUGGUCCUCGACCUUCCGCCCCUCUUCACUCUCCACCGCGGCCUUCUGGCUAUUCCUCGAAAUAUCCAUCUUCUCCCUGAUCUCCAUCCUCCGUAUCCCCCAACUAUCACCCUCGACCCCGCGCCUCGCCCAACUCUCGCUCGCCGCAGUGGCGUAUAACGUUCUGUGCUGGUUCGUCGCUGAACCGGCAUCCUUCUGGGUCUCGCUGAACCUGUUCGGACCGCCCUCGCUGGGCGUCAGCUGGUAUUUCGCUUGGUGGCCACUCGUGCGGGGGUUGAUAUGGAAGAAUGAUGGGCAUAUUUCAGGUGUACACAAGAUCCGACUAUUGCCAUUCAGUACCGCAACUCUCAACCCUCUAUCCUUGACGUACUGUCUUCCCCCUGACGCUCAAUCCCCCAUCUACAUCCCCGUCGUCUUCAACAACUCCAUCCCCUCCGAGGUCUCGUACUACCUCCGUUCUCUCGACACGGGCCACUCCAAGACCCUGACCGUCAGCGGCUCAUCCAUGAAGCGGUCCUCUCUCAUCCCUCACAAGGCUCGACUGGAAAUCACCGAUAAUGAUGAGGACGACGUUUCCGAGCCCGCUCCCGAUCCGCUGUCCGCCAUGGUCCUUCGGUCUCAUGGUGAUCCGCUCGAACUCGCCAAACUACCCUCAAUCCGUCCUGCCGACUCGCUGGCCGUCGUACCCAAGAAUCUGGCGGGAAGCGAGAAUAUGCUGUUCAUAGCGGUGGACCGACCCGGCGUGAUCAGUCUUCGCACCGUCAGCGAUAAGCGUGGAGACCGAUUCCACGUCGCUCCGCAUAGGGAGGCGGUGAUUAUCGAGUGUCCGCUCGGUGGAGACUUUGUGGCGGAGCACGAGGGAAAGAUGGUAAAGAAGGGAGAUAAGCGGGCCGCGGCCGAGACGAGGUGUGUAGGGGACGAAGAGGUGGUCAAGUUUCAAGUGAGGGGUGUGGGGUCGUUGCGAGCCGGAUGGAGAAAGAAGAGUAAGGACGGACAGGAACACGGCGUGAUUGAGGGAAUAGAGGAGGAUCUUAUGGUCGAUCCUCUAACGGCGGAGGAUGGGGCGAUAGUCCGCAGGGACAAAGUCGCCAAGACACAUACGGUCCCUCUUCGGAUCAAACACGAUACCCCCGGAACAUACACCGUCUCCCUCACCUCCGUCACCGAUUCCCACCACAAUACGCACACGCCAAGCGGACACUCGGCAGAAAAGGUGUUUACGGUCGUCGCUCGGCCAUACGCUCAAUUCGAGUGCGCCGCGCCGAUCCAAAUCCUCCAGGGCGGAAAGGUCAAUCUCCCAUUUACGGCGGAUGCGAAGGGCGGGCUGCCGGCGGACGUGCAGAUGUCGUAUAGCUACAAGCUGGUCGAUGGGUCGAGCGGGACAGAGAAAAUCAAGGUGGGGAAGAGGCAGGAUAGUAUUUCUGUUUCAGAGCCGGGGACGUAUCGCCUCUUGGACAUCGGUGGACAGUGUGCUGGGAGUAUAAGGGAGCCGGCGACGUGUACGGUGGUUCUGGUCCCCCCGCCGAGUGUCGAGAUGGGCGUGACGACCCUGCACGAGUGUGCGAUGGACGUCGGAGUUACCGCUGCGUUCGACUUUAGCGGCACGCCUCCCUUCACUAUCGAGUAUACGGAACAGCGGAGAGGCGCCCGUGCGAUCUCGAGGAAGCAGCGCUUCGAGGCGAUGCACGGCGAGAUCGUCUUGCUGCCUGAGCACGAGGGGUCUUAUACCUACAGCUUCAACAUCCUCAGCGACAAGCACUACCAGCGGCAACAGCUCGACAAGCCGCCCAUCGAACAGACGGUCCAUCCGCUCGCUAGCGUCGAUAUCGUCUCGUCCAAGCGCCUCAAGCUAUUCGCCUGUUCCGCCGAUAGCGUCGAUAUCCAGCUCGAAGCGAAAGGCCGAUCACCCCUCCGCGUCACCUACCUCCUCAGCAGCACUACCAGCUCUCGCACCGAGAACAUUACGCGCGAGAUCCCAGCGGGCAGAUCGAGCAUCACUGUGCCGGUCCCCGAGGCGCUCCAGGCGGCCAGUGGGAAUACUGGGAAGUUCAGCGUCGGGCUGGUUGGGCUGGAAGAUGGGAAUGGGUGCGCGAGGAGGUUGAACGUCCCGGGGUUGGAGGUGGAUGUGGAUCGGGUCAAGCCGACGGGGAGGUUUGCGAAGAGCGACAAGGUGGUGGUGGUGGAGGGGGAGGUGGCGAAGGCUGGAAUGAGGUUGACGGGGACUGGGCCUUGGACGGUGGCUUAUGCGCGGGAUGGGGGGGAGGAGAAGCGGGUGACUGUCAGAGAUCCCAAUUCCCAGCUCAGUCUGGACCAGGAGGGCGUGUAUCGGAUACUACGUGUCAACGAUGCGCAUUGUCCAGGAUCUAUACUGGACGCGGACUCGACAUUCGAAGUGGCUUUCAAACCUCGGCCGGAGGUACAUAUCCAGCCUGCUACUUCGCUCCGGCAGACGGGACGGGACUCCCAGCACAAGGGUCUCUGCGCAGAGGAGGAAGACCAGGUGGCAAUCAAGUUCAAAGGCCAAGCACCGUUCGAGCUUACCUACCGCCAUACUCGCGAAGGGCACACCAGCCGGCACACCCUCAAGAGCGCACAAGAGACCGGGAUCCUUCACCUCGCCCCUGAGCCCGGAGCACACCGGUACGACUUUACCGAGCUCCGGGAUUCCAACUACCCCUCCACCCCCAUGUCCUUCUCCCUAUCACACGAGGUCCACUCUCGACCUUCCGUUUCUUUCGUCCGAUCCUCCUCUUCGCCCAUCUGCCUCGACUCGCCUCUCAAGGGAGACGCCAAGAUCCGUCUUCAGGGCAAAGCGCCCUUCAAGCUCGGUCUGGCGGUACGGAAACCCGCUUCGUCCGUCGUGGCGACCUACAACGUCAACGUGGCGGGGCAGGAAUGGGCGCUGGACCUGCCGCAUACGAUGAAGGAGGUAGGGAGGCAUGAGGUGGUCAUUACGAGUUUGGUCGAUCAGAGCGGGUGUGAGUGGGCGGUAGGCGAUGAGGAUGUACUGAGUAGCGUGGUGGAGGUGGUGGAGAGCGCGAGGAUCGUACCUGUGAAUCAGGUGGAGGAUUUGUGUGUGGGCGAUACGUUGGACUUUUUGUUACAGGGCAAAGCGCCGUGGACUAUUGAGUACGAGUGGUCUGGCAAGAAACAUAAGGUCACUUCGUCGGCUUCGCGGUUCUCGCGUUCCGCGGAACGGCCGGGCAAGUUUGCCGUUACUUCUGUCGCGCUAAAAGAUAACCAAUGUAAACGCGAAAUAAGCAAUCUCAUCCGGCACGUCCACCCCUUACCAUCCGUCAAGAUCCAAGAAGGCGUCAACCACCUUCGAGAGGGGGACGACCCCGCGGUCUUUUCGGUGCACUUUACAGGAUCGGCGCCGUUCAGCUUCACGUAUACGAGAAGCGAGGUGGUUAGUCCAGGUGGGAAGGCAAAGGUUGUCGAGACGCAGACGAUAACGGAUGUCCAAGAUAUGGAGUAUACGAUCUCAUCUUCCCUCCCUGGAGACUAUCAGGUCGUAUCAGUCAGCGAUCGAUACUGUAGGUAUCCGCCAUUAAAGGCCAGGAGAGAUAAGUAG